AUGACCACUGUCACUCAUCAAAAUCCAUUAACAACUUAUGAUAUCAAUCGUCAAAUACCGACUGAUCAAUUAUCUUCCACAAAUGUUGAUAAAGUUGUUCAAUCUGUUACAAAUGCAACUAAGCGUUUAUCACAAAUCUCAACAAAUACCAAUACUUCAUCCAAAAAAAGAAAAUCACAAAACAAAAUAGGACCUUGGAAAUUGGGUAGAACUUUAGGUAGAGGUUCAACAGGUAGAGUAAGAUUAGCUAAAAAUGUUGAAACAGGUCAAUUGGCAGCUGUUAAAAUCGUUCCCAAAUCAAAUUUUAAGAAAUUUGAAAAUCCAAAAUAUAAAAGAGGUGUUUUGGAAGAUGGAGAUGAUGAAGAUGCACAAAGAUUACCAUAUGGAAUUGAAAGAGAAAUUAUUAUCAUGAAAUUAAUGUCACAUCCAAAUAUUAUGGGAUUAUAUGAUGUUUGGGAAAAUAAAAAUGAUUUAUAUUUGAUUUUGGAGUACAUUGAAGGUGGAGAGUUAUUUGAUUAUUUGAUCAAAAAGGGGAAAUUACAAGAAUUCGAGGCAAUCAACUAUUUCAAACAAAUCAUUAAUGGUAUAAAUUAUCUUCAUCAAUUUAAUAUUUGUCAUCGAGAUUUGAAACCAGAAAAUUUAUUAUUGGAUUUUAACAAAAAUAUUAAAAUAGCUGAUUUUGGUAUGGCUGCAUUGGAAGUAAAUGAAAAAUUAUUAGAAACUUCAUGUGGUUCACCUCAUUAUGCAUCACCUGAGAUUGUUGCAGGCAAAAAUUAUCAUGGUGCACCAUCAGAUAUUUGGUCUUGUGGUAUUAUUUUAUUUGCUUUAUUAACUGGUCAUUUACCUUUCGACGAUGAAAAUAUUAGAAAACUAUUAUUAAAAGUUCAAAAUGGUAAAUUUAUUAUACCUCAUGAUAUAAGUUGGGAAGCAAAAGAUUUAAUUACGAAAAUGUUGAAAGUUAAUCCAUUUGAUAGAAUUGAAAUUGAAUCUAUCUUGACUCAUCCUUUGUUAACAAAAUAUCCAGACCCAUCAAUAUCAUAUGCUUCAACUACUACUUUGGAUGUCCGAAAUUUGAAUGUAAAACCAAUUGAAUCAGUAGCAAAAAUUGAUAAAGAAAUAUUGAAAAAUUUAUCAGUUUUAUUUCAUAAUUGUGACGAAAAGACAAUCAUUUCAAGUCUAUUGUCACCAUACAAAUGCCCGGAAAAGAUGUUUUAUUAUCUUUUGAUGAAAUAUAGAAAUGAGCAUGUUGCAAGUUUAAUCUCAAAUGAUACAUUGGAACUAGAAGCUACAAAUACUAAAAAGUCAUUGCCAAGAUCAACUUCAAUCGUUCACACAAUCAUAUUUGAUGAUGAAACAGGUGAAGCAAUUACAACAACCACGGAAAGGAAACCAAUAACCAAAUCAGCAUCAAUUUAUUCAAAUAAAUCAUUACUUAAAUCAAGAUCAUCCAAAAAUGUCUUGGGAAAUAUCACAAACAAACAAAGUCAAACUACAAAACAAUUCAAAGCAUCAAACUCCUUUAAUAAAAGGAAAGUUAGUCAACCCCAAAUUUACAAAAGUCAGAACACUUCAUCUUCAUCUAAUUCUUCGUUAAAAUCAAAUAAAACCCAGAAACAAAAAGUCCUCAAUACUCCAAUUACUCCAUCAGGUAACAGUCCGAUCAAAUCAAUUGGAUCUAAACCAGAACAAAGACCACCAGUAUUAAAUGAAGUUCAAAGAAAACAUGAUUUAUCCGGAAAAUUUGGUAAUAAGUCUAUUAAAAAUUUUGAAUAUAUUUGUGAUGAAAUGUUUAAUGAAGAACCUGAUAAAGAAAAUAAACUACCAUCGAGGACUGCUUCUCAAAGAAAAAGAGAAGGUGUUUUAGCUAGGAAAGAAAGAGAAUUGGCGGAACAAGUUCAUCGAAAGAAUGAAGAAAGGGAAAAGAAAUUAAAAGCUGCAGAAGAAGCCAAAAGAAGAGCACUUGAGGAGGAAGAACGUCGACUCAAUGAUGCAAGAAGAUUACAAUUUGAACAAAAUGAAAAAGAAUUACAAUUGAAAAAGGAUUUGGAAGAGAAACAAAGAAUUGCAUUGACAAAAUUAAACAAACGUCAAAGUACUCAUGAUUUUGAGGAUUUAGUUGACUCGAAUAGUAAUAGAAGAUCAAUAACUGAACAACCACCACCAAUUAAAUCAUUACUUGAUCCAAGAUCCAAUCCAAUAAUAAGAGCAAGAACAAUGGGAGCACCAUCAAGAUCAAGAAAUGUAAUGACAAGUAACAUAAAUAGUCCACAAAUCAAUGAAAACACAUCGAAAGUAUUACAAAAAUUAGGUAUUGAUGUUGCACCUUCACCUAAAAAGUUCACAAAAGAUUUUAAAACUUCCAGUUCCAAAAAUUUAGCAUCAUUUAUAACUCCUUCUCCAUCUGGAUUUAAGAAUUUGAAAACAUCAAGCUCAAGAAAUUUGGCAGGUUUGUUAAAUAAUGAUACUACUAUAGAAUCAUCAAAACAAAUUGGAAACAAUUCGACAAAAUUAACACCAUCCGAAUCAUCAUCAAAAAAUUCAAUAAAUAAAAGACAUAGUACCCAAAGUUCAUAUUAUAAAUCAAUGCUUAAUGAUAUUGAUGAAAACAAACCUCAGAAAACAAUGAAAACUGCAUCUAUUCCAACAUUAGUUCCAGAAGAUGAUGAAUUAAAUAAUUCUUCAAUGUCAUUAAUUCCAAAUCCAAGAUUUUCUAGAUUUUCAUUUGGAGGAUUGUUACAAUCUCAAACAGUCGCAAAUGAAGAAGGUGAUAUCACUAUUAUGAUUCAAACUUUGAAUAACUCAAGUACAGUUGUUAGAAGAUCAAAUGAAUCUACUCAUUCUGCAUUUACUUCUGGGUUAGGUAUUAAAGUUAUAGAUACAACAAUCAAAGAAGAUGAUGCUGAGGAAAAUCAAGACGAACCACAAAAUUCAUCAACUUCUUAUAAAUCAAAAAAUAGAAAUUUUCAAUUACAUAAAGAUGUGAAAUAUGAUGAUUUUGAAGAUGAUAAUUCAGAUGCAACAACAGUAGAAUCAGAAUAUUCAUAUAUUUCUCUGAAUCAUUUACAAAUUAUCCAAGAUCAUACCAAUAACAACAAUCCUGAAAAAUUACUUGAAAAUGAAUUAUCAAAUUUUGAUUUAAUUAGUUCAAGAACUGCAGAUAUUGGAAAAGUCAAUAAACAAAAACCAAGUAUUGUAAGUUCAAAGGAAACAUUGAUUGAAACAAGUAAGGAUGAUUUAGAUAGGAAUACAUCUAAAAAUGGUGAUACUUUUGUUGCAAGAGUAAAUGAUGAUUUUGAUGAUGAUGAUGAAAAUUAUUCAUCAAUUGAUGAGAAUUCAAUGAUUGGUGAACCAGUAAAUGAAGUUAAUAAGGAUCAAAAUAAUAUUGGAAAUAAUUUUAAAAGAUCAAGACAUUCAACUGGAAUAUUUAGUACUGCUCAAUUACCAAGAAGUCCUCAUGUUCAAUUGCCUGAAACUACUACUGUUACAAACAAAAAAGAAAGUAGAAAAUCGAACUUAGGUAAUGAACAUGUAAUUACUAGUCCGGUUCAAGAUCAAUUUGAUAAUGCAGCACCUAAAGAAACUUCAUUAUUUAGAAAAUUAUCGUUGAAUCCAAAAAGAAAUGCUCCAAAAGCUCCACAUAUUUCACAUCCAGUUCUUCAAACAACACAACCACAACAACCACAACUGGCCCAACCAAACAAAGGUCAUAAUCGAUUUAGUAGAAUAUCAGUUAUUUCAAAAAAUUUAUUAGACCAACCUCAACAAAAAUUACAAGAUCAACCUCAACCCAAAAAAUCAAAUUGGUUCAAGAAAUUUUUCCAAUCAUUAAGUGGAACCACAAACACAAAUUCAUCUUCAAUUAUAAAACUGGAUGAUGAAUAUUCUUCUAAAAACAAUAAAGAUAUUAAAAUAAUUUCAACAACAAUAAAAUUUAAAUCAUUAAUUAAAAUUUUAAAAUCUCAAAUUGAAUUAAAAAAAUUAGAUGGUUCAAUAAUUAAUUCGAAUAUAGAUGAAGAAUUUGGUAUAAUUACAGGUAUAAUCCCCAAAAAGUUUUCAAAUUCAAAUAAAAAAUUGGUUUUUAAAAUUGAAAUUAUUGAUUUAAUUAAUUCAAGUUCUUUACAUUUAAUUAAAAUUAAGGGAAAUGAACGAGGAUUUAUUAAUUUUGUUAAAAUUGUUGAAUUUGUAAUUAGAAAUGAAGAAGAGAAUGUUGUUUGA